AUGCCUGGUGCUGCUUGGGCACUGAUGACAAAGGACUUGCCCACAUACUCAGCCAGCCGAGCCACUGCAGGAGAGACCGAGGAGGAGAAAGCCCGACUUGCUGCGAAGGCGGAGGCGGCCCGCAUGCGGCGAACACUUGAUGAGGUCCCUCGAAGAGCUGAUGAGGAGAAGCAGGAGGCCGCUGCAGCCGAGGAGGUUAUACGCGAGCUGGACCUCUAUCGCUUGAGGAACCAGUUCCGUGCCCAGGUUGCAGCCACCUCUGCGCCGGUCUUCGAUGACUUGGAGGAGGCAGAGCCGGCGCCACCGCCGCCGCCUCCCCCGCUUCCUCCCUGCCGCCACACAGAUGCCCCCAGAGAAGGAGAAGAAAGCCAUGCAGAAAGCGAUGCUUAA